UCUGCGCCGUUCGCAGAGUGCUGAAGCGUUUGAAUAGUAUUUGGCGUGCAUUUUCUUCACUCGCGCUGAGGACUUUGGAACGUCAAUUUUGUGCGCUGCGUCAUCCGAGAUGCCGCCGAUCCGUUGUCUGCUGACUGUACCGCACAUUCAGAUAAAGCGGACGUACCACUUGGAAGAAGGUUCCGUGGUCGCCCUCAAACAUGCGAUUGCCACAUGUCCUGUCCUUGGGUCGCAAGUUCAACUGUCUUGCAGCAAAUUUCAGGUAAUGGAUCCUCUGUUCAAUGAACUUGUCGACCUCGCUACUGAAGACAGCAUACCCGAUAUGUCGAAAAUCGUUCUUAUGGCACAGCAAGAAAGUAGCGGGAAUGAAGCGCCGUCAUGUUCAUCGUCACAGGGCACAUUACAAGCUGUUGUUGAAACUGGUGAGCAAGACACACCAAGCAUGGUCAUUGAGCCUGUCGAGCGCCCACUCGGCUCAGGGGAUAAUGAUGGCAUAAAUUUUAAACUACCCAGCCUUGGUGCCCUCCAUGAAAAAGUGAUAAGCUCUCCGCUGCUAACACCUUCUACAUUCAGGCAAAUCAUUGACAUCCUGCACAAUGAAAUGGCCAAGCACACACUGUAUCCAACGCGUUGUUUCUACAGUAAGGUGACAACCCUGCUUCUUGACAAGUAUCCACAGCUGAAAGAUGUAAUUGGAAGUGGGCACGACUCCUGGAAAGUAGCCCUCCGCAAUAAGUAUAAAAACCUAAGAAGGAAGCUGGAUGAUCAUGAAGAUGUGUUAGCAAGUCGCCAGAAAUUCGGUGCCCAAAAGAAAACAGGAGGCACCACUGAGCUUCAAAGGAAAAAAGCUGGGAAAAUGAGUGUGAGCAUCACAGAUCUAACAGCAGAAGAUGAUGACAGUAUUGCCAAACAUGAAGAUCGACUUGUUUUGGAAACCAAAAAACUAUUGCCGGAUGAGCAACUCGUGGAAAAGUUAAUGGCCUUGACAGCUGGGAAGAGGCUUCCUGACGUUGCGACGAAAACGAUUCGUGAUGUGAAAAAGAACUACCCCUAUAUGAUGGACUUUCAGCGAUUUUGCAAUGACUUUACAAGACUGACCGACAUAAAACCAGUCGGGAAGGUUUCAACAGCCAUCGAUAAAUUAACCCAAUUGGCAGUGAUGAAGAAAAUACGUUGUAGUGAAAACACGAGGCAAAUGUUGGAGAGAGCACGUCAAAUGGACCCCAAAAGGAUGAGAACAAGACAUAUUAUGGCACUUGUAGCUCUGAAAAUCGUCUGUGAGAAUGUGAAGGAACGGUCAGCAUGCUCAAUUUUAUUUGUGCAAGAGACUGACGACAUGCCAGCAACGCCAUGUGUAUCUUAUAAUGGGGCCGUCCUUGAAGAUGCAGAGUUUUUCUGGCUGAUGGUAGACCAGACAAAGUGUUUUCAAGUGACUAAUGCAGAGGAAGGACUUGUCGCAAUUAUGUGUGCAAACUGGUUGUUCAAUGUUCAAUAUGCUUGUAAAGCGUUCAACACCCUUGUCGUCCUCGAAAGAUUUUUUUUUGAGCUCGAAAAGACAACACCAAGAUCUGUUGUUGCGAAGUUCUUAAACAUUCGUAAAAUCCACAUAGUCAUAUGA